AAUAUUUUUGAAUUAUUAUUUAAUGAAUUAUGUCACUGUUAUUAUCAUUUGUUUGGAAUGAGUUAUUCAUUUUUACUAUAUAAGCAAUUUGUCGGCUUUUUUCCCCUGGCGUAUAGUUAGCUUUUUAUAGUAAAUUUGUGUUAAUUGUAUGAUUUAAUGGUUUGGGAAUAAGGGUAUAUGUUAAAAGAGUUCUAAGAGGAAAUUAUCGGAAAAAGGAGAUCGAAUCCAUGACUGGGAUGUUUUCUCCUACAGUGAAUUUGAUUGAUUGAAUUCAAUACACAAUACAUUGGUGAGAUAAAGGUUGGCAGGGAAGGGGCUUCAAUUCAUUCAUAUUGCUUGCUUAAGAGUACUACUACUACAACACCUUUUGUUUUUGGUAUGCAAAUAAUUUAUUUAUUCUGCCUAAGUUUCCUCUUUGAUUGUUAUGUUGGAAUAAUAGCAAUAAGCAAUGCUGACUUUAUAUUUGGAGUUUACUAAUUUAAGAAAAAGAGCAUAAUCUAAUUGAACCACAUGUCGCAUCUAAAGUUUAUGUCUUGGACCUCUUUAUGUCGUGUUUAUUUCUAGUAGGAUUCCGGUAGUUAUAAGGAUUCUUUCCCUUUCAUGGGUCUUAUGAAUUGCCAGCGGCAGACCAUGUUACCAACUGAGUUCUUCUUGCCCUGUAUUCUAAGGUAUCACAACUCUUUCAAUUAAAGUAUAUCUAUCUCUAUUUCUACCUUCCCUCUCUUUUUUUACAUUUAGUUGAGUUCAUCGUCAGAGCAAUUCGACCCUUAAUGGGCAAGGAAAAUUGUAUUGGAAACCUAUAUUAGUUAAUCACAUAUGUAUAAAUCUUUGCCAUGAGAUUUCUAAAAUCUCAUUUGCUUAAUUGAAACUUCUGCAAUUUGUGCAUUGGAUAACUUGAAAAGGCUACAAUUUUGCUAGUGGAUGUAUGAGGUAAGCCCACUUCAGAUAUCCAUGUUUAUGAGCUCCAUCCUAUUUUCUUUUAAUCUUUCCCUCAGGUUACCUGUUCAGCUGGUGUGCUUGAUGCGUAUGGUGCCAUCUCUAUUUUGCUUUUAUUGUGUGAUGUUUCUUUUCCUUUAUUGCAGGAGUUGCAGGAAAUCAGCGUUUUAUCUGUCCAUAUCCGUCUAUGGUUCGCCCAAUGUUUCCUCGCCCACCUGGAGCGCCUGGCAUUCUUCCAACAGUUUCUCGCCCUCUUGUUCCUGGUAUUCCCGGAGUUCGCCCAAUCAUCUUUCCAAUUAUCAGGCCAGCUGUUCCUUCUAUUACACCAGCAGAGAAACCACAAACUACUGUCUAUAUCGGCAAGAUAUCACCUAGUGUAGACAAUGAUUUUAUGCUGUCUCUACUUCGGUUCUGUGGACCUGUUAAGAGUUGGAAACGUGCGCAAGACCCAACUGACGGAACUCCUAGAGGUUUUGGGUUUUGUGAAUUUGAAUCUGCAGAAGGAGUUCUCCGUGCAUUACGUCUACUAAGCAAAUUUAAUAUUGAUGGGCAAGAAUUAGUGCUGAAUGUUAACCAAGCAACAAGAGAAUAUCUGGAGCGUUAUGUGGAAAAGAAAACUGAAAAUUCAAAGAAUAUGAAAGAAAGUCAAGCUGCAGGAGCUGAUAAGGGGAAUGGAAUUGCCCCAGUUGUUAAAAAGAGUGAGGCUUUCACAUCCUCUGGGGAGGACUCUAACAAUGAUGGCGACAAAGGAAACAAAGACAAUAAUAAUCCAGCCAAUUUUGGGAUUGUGACCGGUGAGGAUAAAGAGGGUGACAAAGAGGCUUUGGAGAAGCUAAAUAGCAUGAUAGAAGAGAGGUUGAAAACCAACCCUUUACCCCCACCCCCUCCAAAGACACCAGCACAUGCUUCUGGUACAAAUUCAGAUUUGGCAGCUAAAUCAAGGGAUGGAGACUCCGACACAGAGACAGCAACACAGGAUGAGGCUGAAGUUAAAAAUGAUGACGAGACAAUUAGCGACAACAUACAAGCAACUGAACAGGAUAAACCUGAAACAAGCUCACCAGAUAGAAGUAGAAAGUAUGACCGGAGAAGCAGAGAAAGAGACAGAGAGCGAGAUGUAAAACGGGAAAAGGAGCGAGAAAUUGAAAGAUAUGAAAGGGAAGCAGAGCGUGAGAGAGUUAGAAAAGAGAGAGAACAGAGAAGGAAGAUUGAGGAUGCAGAACGUGAAUAUGAAGAGCGACUCAAAGAUUGGGAGUAUAGGGAGAGAGAGAAGGAGAAGCAACGGCAAUAUGAAAAGGAGAAGGAUAAAGAAAGAGACCGUAAAAGGAGGAAGGAGAUCCUUUAUGACGAAGAAGGUGACGAUGACGAUUCAAGAAAAAGGUGGCGUAGAAGUACUUUAGAUGAUAAGAGAAGGAAGAGGCACCGAGAGAAGGAGGACGACGUGGUUGACAGACUUAAAGAAGAGGAUGAAAUUGCUGAGGCAAAAAGGAGGGCUGAGGAGGAAAAGAUACAGCAGCAACAGAUAGAUGCAUUGAAGCUAUUAUCUGAUCAGGCUCAGGUCAUGAAUGGAAAUGUAAUGAAGGUUGUGAAUGAAGAAGAAGCCAAUAUUGAAAGCAAAGAUAAAGCUUUCGAACAGGAUCACGAGGGUGAUUCUGGUGAUGAUGUCUUACAAAAUGGUACUGCUGAUGAAUCAACUAUGACAUCAAUGGCCGAGUCAGAUAUACAACAGAGUGGUAAUGCGCCUGCAAGGAAGUUGGGUUUUGGUUUAGUUGGUUCUGGCAAACGAACUGCAGUUCUUUCGGUUUUCCAUGAAGAGGAUGAUGAUGAUGCGCACAAGGACAAAAAAAUGAAGCCCCUGGUUCCCAUUGAUUAUUCAACUGAGGAGUUGCAAGCUGUUCAGCCUGCUGUUUCAGGAGCAGAACCACCAAACCUUGCUGCUGCCGCAGAAUUUGCAAAACGUAUUUCAAAUGUGACUCCAAAAGAACAGAAGCUUGAUAUGGAAAGAGAAAGAAGUCGGCGCUCUCAUGAUAAGUCAAGUCAUCGGGACAGAGACAGGGACAGGGACAGAAAUGAUGAUGAUGCUAAGCGGAUAAGGGAUGAUAAGGAUAAGAUUCCCGAACGAGAUAGGAGCCGGGUACAUGAAAAAGCCAAAACACCAGAUAAGCUGAAUAUUUUGGAUGCUAAGCAAUUGAUUGAUAUGAUUCCAAAGACCAAGGAUGAGCUUUUCUCACAUGAGAUAAAUUGGGUAGUGUAUGACAAACAUAAACUCCAUGAGAAAAUGAGACCAUGGAUUUCAAAGAAGAUUGUUGAGUUUUUGGGAGAGGAAGAAACGACGCUGGUCGAUUACAUUGUAUCAAGUAUUCAGGAACAUGUCAAGGCAGCACAAAUGCUAGAGAUGCUUCAGUCCAUUUUGGACGAUGAAGCUGAAAUGUUUGUGCUCAAGAUGUGGAGGAUGCUCAUCUUUGAAAUCAAGAGGGUGGAAAACGGCCUUGCUCUGAAGUCGAGAUCAUGAACGAUCACUCGAUUACUUUGAGACUUAUACUUGUUGCUAAUGUCUUAAAUAUUCAUAAAUUUACAUUUCGGAAUAUUGUAGAACGAAGCCCGGAUUGCAGUCGAAGAUAUAUCGAAGUCUUCCAAUCUGAACUUGCUUCAAAUGAGAACUUCCAGUCUCUAGGAAAUGAGGUACAUUCUUAUACCUACUGCAGUUUUUUGGUUCAUGUUUGUAGCAAUUUGUUAUCUUCUCUCCCUGCAGUUGGUUUGACAUAGAGCUGACAGUUUGUUGGAAGAAUGAUUUAAUGUCUUAUUGUAUCUCAAUGUCUUAAAAAAAGCAUUUAAUCAUAAGUGAAUGUUUAUCAUAAUAAUAUUGUCCUUUUCAGCUUUUUAUGUAGUAGUUUAGUUUCUUAAGAGGUUUUGGUGUUGAACAAAGGGCUAGGUUGAUUCCUGUACUUAUUAAAUAGGAGUGGAUAGGCCGAAUUUGAACUUCUAUUUUUUGCUUGAAUAGGGACAAGUACUUUUAUUCCGUAUUGGAUAUUUGCAUAUUCUUCUA